UUUUUAAUCUCUCGAGUCCGAGGGGCAUUUUCUUGAUGCCCUUAUUCUCAGACCCAUCUCUCUCUCUCUCUCUCGCUCUCCCAUUAUCUGAACUCGGCGAAUCUUAACACUUAAGACUCGCCCUUUCCUUUUCUUUUUUUGGCCUUUGAUCUUUGGGUUAAACCGCACACAAACGCCUCCGCCUUUUUUUCCCCCUGCCCUUUUCCCGUUCGCUUGGUAGCUGGUUGCGACGGUCGAGCUUCGGAUUUCCUCUCUGCAUUUUGCGUAAUUCCGUGGCCAUUUCGGUUCUCCAUUGGAGAGUGAGGUACACGUUCUUGUGAGAGAACAGAGAGGAGAUAGAGGGAUGAAGGUGGCGGGGAGAUCAAGGGGGAUAAGAAGAUCCGCAUCUGUUGUGGAUGGGGUGGACUUGAAGAUCUACGUGCAGUUCUUGCUGGGCUUUCUGUUUAUUUUUGCAGCUCGCAUUUCGCUUGGCGAUACUAAUCCUGGCGAUGUUACUGCGAUAAAUAACUUGUAUGUGUCUCUGGGGUCCCCUGCUCUCCCUGGGUGGGUUGCUAGCGGAGGAGACCCGUGUGGAGGCUCAUGGCAAGGAGUUUCUUGCAAUAAUACCGAAAUACAAUCAAUUACUAUUAAUGGAGCCAAUUUGGGAGGCGAACUGGGGGAUAGCUUGGGGUCAUUUGCUUCCAUCAAAACUAUAGAUCUGAGCAACAACCACAUAGGCGGCAGCAUUCCAUCAAACUUGCCUGUUACCUUGCAAACCUUAUUUCUUUCAGCUAAUCAGUUCACUGGAAGCAUCCCAAGUUCUUUGUCUUCUCUGACUGAACUGUCAGCCAUGUCUCUAAAUGACAAUCUUUUGAGUGGUGAAAUUCCAGAUGCUUUCCAAAAUCUUAUAGGAUUAAUCAAUCUCGACUUAUCCAGUAACAAUUUGAGUGGGCAUCUUCCUCCUUCUUUGGGAAAUGUAUCGUCUUUGACCACCCUACGCAUACAGAACAACCAGUUAUCGGGAACCCUUGAUGUUCUACAAAACCUUCCCAUGAGAGAUCUGAAUAUAGAGAAUAACCUUUUCUCUGGACCUAUACCUGAUAAAUUACUGAGUAUACCGAACUUCAGAAAAGAUGGAAAUCCUUUCAAUUCCAGUGCUCCGUUACCUUCACCUUCACCUUCGACCCCAACGGCACCGUCAUCACCAGGAACUCCUUUUUUCGUGGGCGGUGGGCCACCAUCUUCCACCAAAGCACCUCCAAAACAGGCGGAUGGACCGUCUGCGAGAGAGCAAUCAAAAUCUGGUUCCUCGAAAAAGUCAUCCACCAAAAGAAUCGUUUGGAUAGUAAUAGCGGUAGUCAUAUCAUUUAUAAUUUUGGUUUUAGCACUCGUCCUUCUCAUACCUGCAUGUAUUCAAAGAAGACAUGAGAUUGACAGACUUUCCAAGAGCCACAAUACUGGUGCAUAUAAUGGCAAAAGAGAGAAUCCUCGGGAAAAUCCUUCUUUAGGCCCUCCACCGAGUCAUCUGGAUAAAGUACCUAAGGAGACAGCUGUGGUGAAGCUGUCGGAGGAUCAUCAACCUGAGAGCAGGAAAGUGUGGGCUGUUCCGAGGACACAAAAUGAGCGAGAAAGAAAUGCACAGAGAACUGGUCUGAUGCCUGAUCGGGAAGAUCAGGAGAGUGACGUGAGUGCACUUGAGGCGUACUUGAUGCCUCCUCCCCCUCCCCCGCCCCCUCCUCCAACUCCUCCACCGCCUCCUCCACCACCUCUUGAAAUUAUUGUGAAGCCCACUGUGCCUGAACAAACAAUGGCCACAAAGCCUUCCGUGAGAACUCGUAUUCCUCUGGUUUCUGCCAAGUCCUUCACCAUUGCAUAUCUUCAGCAAUACACGAACAGCUUUUCUCAAGAAAAUCUAAUUGGACAAAGUGGAAUGCUUGGUCGUGUGUAUAGGGCAGAGCUUCCUAAUGGCAAGUUGCUGGCUGUCAAGAAAUUGGACAAGAAGGCUCCCAGUCAGCAGAAGGACGUCGAGUUUUUGGAAUUGGUGAACAAUAUUGACAAGAUUCGACAUGCAAACAUUGUGGAACUCAUGGGUUACUGUGCUGAGCAUGGCGAAAGGCUUCUAAUAUAUGAGUACUGCAGUAAUGGGACAUUACAGGAUGCGCUUCAUUCGGAUGAUGAUUUAAAGAAGAAUUUUAGUUGGAAUUCCCGCGUUAGGAUGGCUCUUGAUGCUGCCAGAGCCUUGGAGUACUUGCAUGGGGUCUGUCAGCCACCUAUCGUGCAUAGGAACUUCAAGUCCUCAAAUAUUCUCCUUGAUGAUGAUCUUUCCGUGCGUAUUUCUGAUUGUGGUUUAGAUGCAUUGAUCUCUUCAGGUUCAGUUAGCCAGUUGUCGGGGCAACUUCAAUCUACUUAUGGAUAUGGAGCUCCCGAGUUCGAGUCCGGAAUUUAUACAAUCAAAAGUGAUGUCUACAGCUUUGGGGUAGUCAUGUUGGAACUUCUGACUGGCCGAAAAUCCUAUGAUAAGUCACGAAAUCGGGGAGAGCAAUUUCUUGUCAGAUGGGCAGUCCCUCAACUCCAUGACAUUGAUGCAUUGUCCAGAAUGGUCGAUCCUUCUGUUGAGGGACAGUACCCUGUCAAAUCGCUGUCACGGUUUGCUGAUAUUAUAUCUAGCUGCGUAAAGGCGGAGCCAAGUUUCAGGCCGCAGAUGUCGGAAGUAGUCCAAGACCUCUCAGAUAUGAUCAGGAGGGACCCUCAUCCAUGAGAUCAUGGCUCAAGACCACCAUCAAACAAUCAGUCAAGGAAUGGUGACCUCUACCUUGUUAAUGCCAUUGAAUUGUGAAAGUGAUCUGCUGUGCACCAUGAAGAAUUCUUUUGUCAGCAGGCAAAGCUGAGAAGGAAUGGCCCUAAUAACAUAAGUAAUGUUCUGAUUCGUAUCCUCGACGAUUCGAGCGGGCGAUCUGAUGGUGCCAUAUUCCAGAGGGUAGGGAACUCAAAGAUCUGGCCCCAGUUUGUUUUGCGAUUGUUGCUGUUGUGUGCUAAGCAUCGAGAGAUGAUGUGGGAACGAAGAAUGUCCCUAUAACCCCAAUCGUUUUGGAAAUUAUUGUUUUUAGCCAACUUGAUAAGCGAGGUUCUUUCUACUCGCCUUCCGUCGUGUGUAAAAGGCUCUAUCGGUUUGCCUUGUCUAGUAUAUGCACUCUGUAGAACUGCUCUUUGCCUACGUAAUUCUUCUUCUUCA